CCAGCACCGCCCCCUCCAGCCCGCCGCGGGACCCAGGCCGCGACGCCCGCUGGCCGCUUCCGCUCUCGGCGCAGGCGCGAGAGCUCGGCCGGAGAACGGCGCGGGCUGGGAGAGGAGUGGACGCUGCUGGCAAGGAUGGUGCUGGAGAGCGUGGCCCGCAUCGUGAAGGUGCAGCUCCCGGCGUAUCUAAAGCGGCUUCCUGUCCCCGAGAGCGUUACCGGGUUUGCCCGGCUCACAGUUUCAGAAUGGCUUCGAUUACUGCCUUUCCUCGGUGUACUUGCACUGCUUGGCUACCUCGCAAUUCGUCCAUUCCUUCCGAAGAAAAAACAACAGAAGGAUAGCUUGAUUAAUCUUAAAAUACAAAAGGAAAAUCCCAAAGUGGUGAAUGAAAUAAACAUUGAAGAUCUGUGUCUCACCAAAGCAGCUUACUGUAGGUGUUGGCGUUCUAAGACGUUUCCUGCCUGUGAUGGUUCACAUAAUAAACACAAUGAAUUGACAGGAGAUAAUGUGGGUCCACUAAUACUGAAGAAGAAAGAAGUAUAAUAGUAAUGACUUAGGAUUGAAUUUAGUUGUGUGCUGUAAAAUCUUAUAACAAUAUUUUUUCAUUCUUUGUGUGUAGAUCUUUCAAAUGGUGGUCUUAAUUAUUGCUACUGGUUGAGUAAUUAUUUCUGCCAAUUUAUUUUCUUGCUACACUACUGUUUAUAUUUGAUACUUUGUAUAUUCAAACAGUCAUUUAUAUAGAAAUUAAAUUGUACAACCCUUUCAUUCUUACUUCAAAGACUUAAUGUAUCUUCCUAAAUAAAACCAACACUCUUGGUUUUAACUGAGAAAAAUCUGUUUUUGACAGUGGGUCCAAAGCUAUUCCUUUGGAUAUCAAUAUUUUCUAUAGAAUCUACAUUUAAAGUUUUUCUCCCUACAUAUACUAUUAAAUAUAUUAUUUUUCAGUC